UCUCGUGUUGUCUAUGUUAUGUUAUGAAGUCGGGUCUCUGUAUUUUCCUCUUCGUCGGGGUUCUUUCCAGUUUUCAGAGCCUAUUAACUUUUCCUCUCUUCUAUGUCGUGAUUCUCACCUCUAAAUUCCGGAUUUUGUUCCCUAAAAGCUCCUUUUUUUCAGCUUCUGAGUGACCAAUUUUUCGCAGAUUUCCACCAGAUAAGUAGCUUUAACUUCCUUUAUUAUUCACAAACCUUACAAGGUUUUCAUUUCUGUUUUAUUUUAUUUUAUUGAUCCUUUGAUUAUUUUCCUUUAAUUUGCUUCUGGGUUUUGUUUUUUGAACCUUACCCUCUGUUGUCAUGUGAAAGCUAGUUCCUUUUUUUUAUUUUUUAUUUUUUUUUAAUUCCUGGAUUUGAGGUGUUAUAUUGGUUUAUUAGAAAUGAUGUUUUUUUUAUUGUUAGAUUAGGUGAAGAAAUAAUUGAGGGUUUGAAAAUAGGAUUUGAUAUGUAAAGGGUUUAUUGGUUUUGAUUUUGGUUGUUGAUUUUUGAGAACAAUGGAUGGGAAUUUGUCACAAGGUGGAAUACUUCAAAGUGGGGUUGGGAAUUCUUUUGGUGGUUUUGAUUUGCCUGGAUCAAUUCAGGUUCAUCAUCAAGCACAUCAUCCUCACACCAUUCACCAACAUCAAGUUCAUCCGAAUCGAGGGUCUUCGCUACAUUCAUCAGAUCAUGAUGGUUUUCCACUCACAAUGGGAACUUUACAGAAUUGUGAUCAAAACAUUUCAAUGGGAGAUAGAAGCAAAAACUCGACGAGUGAGGAUGAUGAGCCUAGUUUUAAUGAGGAUGGUUUUGAUGGUCAACAUGAAUUGGGGAGAGGUAAAAAGGGAUUGUCGUCGCCUUGGCAGAGGGUGAAGUGGACUGAUAAGAUGGUGAGGCUUAUGAUAACAGCGGUUUCUUAUAUAGGCGAGGAUAUAACUUCUGAUGGUGGUGGUGGUGGCAGUGGAAGAAAGAGAUUCGCGGUUUUACAGAAGAAGGGUAAAUGGAAAUCUGUAUCAAAGGUUAUGGCUGAAAGAGGUUGUCAUGUUUCUCCUCAGCAAUGUGAGGAUAAGUUCAAUGAUCUUAAUAAAAGGUAUAAAAAACUUAAUGAUAUGUUAGGGAGAGGAACUUCUUGUCAAGUUGUUGAAAAUCCCGGACUUUUGGAUUUAAUAGAUUAUCUUUCCGAGAAAGAAAAGGAUGACGUUCGAAAAAUAUUAAGCUCAAAACACUUGUUUUAUGAAGAGAUGUGUUCUUAUCAUAAUGGUAAUAGGUUGCAUUUGCCGCAUGAUCCUGCAUUGCAAUGUUCGAUGCAAUUAGCUAUUAGAAAUAGAGAUGAUCAUGAUAACGAUGAUAUUAGAAGGUUUCAUCUUGAUGGUCACGACGAAGAUGAGCAAGAUGUAGAAAUUGAUGAACAUGAUGAUUUUAAAGAAACUUGUGCUUCCCGUAGUCAUAGCCGAGGAAUAUUUGGACAGUUAAGUGGAUCUACGAAGAAAUUGAAACAGAUCCAAGGUCAAGAAGAUGCUAAUGCUUUUGGUAAUUCAUUGAAUUGUCAAGAUUACAACAAAGGUUCAUAUCCGCGUGGACAAAUGGUCCAUUCUGAUGUUAAUCAAGCUUUACCUGAAAGCACGAGAACAGCGUGGUUACAGAAGCAAUGGCUCGACUCUCGCCAAUUUCAGUUGGAAGAGCAAAAGCUACAAAUUCAGGUUGAGAUGUUGGAAUUAGAGAAGCAGAGAUUCAAGUGGCAGAGAUUUAGUAAGAAAAAGGACCGGGAGUUGGAGAAGCUGAGUCUAGAAAACGAAAGAAUGAAGAUUGAAAACGAACGUAUGGCUUUAGAACUGAAGCGAAAGGAAAUGAAUAUUGGCUUUAAGUAGUUCGGCAAUCUUGCAAACUUUGUGUCGGCCUUACAUCUAUGGCGCUCCAUCCUUUUUUUGGUGUCUCUGGUAAGAUGUAAUCUAUUUAGUUGAAAGAAUGGAUAUUUGUCCUUUGAUUGGGAAACUUUGGAAGUCAUUAAUCUUCCCUCAUGCUUGUACCAUUUGAGUAUGCCAUAUAGUAAUAGUUUUGCUCAAUGAUUGCUUUACUGAA